CUGGUUAGCUUGUUUAGCUUGUUAGCCGCGGGCUGUUGAAUAAAACCAGAAGCGGCAGUUGGUCUCGGUUCCAGUAGAGACCGGCGAGACGUGCGCUCGGGGUCCGUGUGUGUGGGUCUCCGGCCGGGGGGACGUGGUCCGACACUGAAGCGGCUCUUGGCUUUCGGUUUGUUCGCCGCAGAAACCGGAGCGAUGCCGCAGCCGAGGCGGAGGCGGAGCUGCCGUCGGUGCUGAGCGGCGAGUCCUCGCGUCUCGUCGUCCCCCGUGAGGACCCGGGACGCUGCCGUUCGUCGGCGGGAGACGGAGAAGUGAAGCCACUCCGCACAGUUUCAACUUGACGGACCGGAGCCGGUCAAGCAGUCCUGGUUUGGUUUGUCUGGCGGGCCUACGGCAGCAGGGUUUUGACGGGCGGCUGGUGGAGCUUGAUGCCACCACAGGGGACGUUUGUGUCUGAGCUGAAGUCAUCGUUUUCAGGCAAAGGGGAAGAAGUCUGGGUGGAGCCGAGGUCGGCAGACAGAGUGCAUGAUGGGAUCUUUCCGGCGUCCCAGGCCUCGGUUUAUGAGUUCUCCGGUUCUGUCGGACCUCGCCCGGUUCCACGCCAGCUCGCCCGCUCUACAGAUCUCCAACACCAGCGUGUGGAACAGCGUCCAAUCAGCUGUGAUCAAGGUGUUCCAGGGUGGAGCUCUGCAGACUAACGAGCUGUACACGCUUAACGAGAGCAUCAGGUGGCUCCUUAAAACCGAGAUGGGCUCCUUCAUCACUGACUACUUCCAGAACCAGCUGCUGACUCGAGGUCUGUCUGAAGUCCUGGAUCAGAUCCUCCCCCACUCCGGUGACCACCAGCUCGUCGUCCUCGCGGACAUGUGGGACAGAUUCUUCACCGAGACACUGCCCACCCUGCAGGCCAUCUUCUACCCUGUCCAGGGCCAGGAGCUGACAGUGAGGCAGAUGGCUCUGCUGGCCUUCAGAGACCUGGUGCUGUUGAAGCUCCACCUAGAGGAAACUCUGGGAACUGCUGCCUCCGUCCCCCCACCUGUUACACAGAUGCUGCUGGUGCUGCAGGGUAUCCACGAGUCCGGGGGUCCCAGUAUGGAGUAUUACCAGUUGGAGCGUCUGGUGGAGAUCGUCGUGUCUCCGUACCUCAGCAACGUCCUGCACAACAGAAACCAGCUGCUGUUAGAUUCCCGCCAUCUGCGGUCGUCGGGGUCGCUGCUCGGCGACCAGCCGGAGAUCACCAUCACCCAGCACCACAGCUCCUCGGACUCGUCGUCUCUGGCUCCCCUGGUGGAGCAGGAGGGCGAGGCCUACCUGGAGAAGGUGGGGGGCGUGCGGCGCCACACGGUGGCCAACGCACACUCCGACGUCCGGCUGCUGUCGGUGUCGGGCAGGAUUCAUGCCGGGACAGAGAAGGACAACGUGGUGAGACGCGGGGAGGGCUGCGUGAGUUUUUUGGUAGGGGGUGGGCCGAUGAGUCCCAGGCCCUUCUCCAGCCAACCGGACAUGGUGGAGACGCCGAGGGGAGACGUUAUCUGCCUUCCUAACAGCUAGCUGGAGCGGAUUCACGAGACAAUGCGGACAUGCCAUACAAGAGUCAGACGUUGUGGGCAUCAAAAAACAAGGCAGAAAAGAAAAUAACAGGAUGUGAUCAGAAAGAAGCUGACGGGAUAACAAACUACAGGACGGCAGAGAAAUAAUGAGACUGAAGAGGAAAUAAAAAGACAAGAUGGGACGAGAAAACCAGGUAGAACUGGACGGAAACCGCAGGACGGGACGGAAGAGGACACGAGUAGUAACAGGCAGUAAAACCGCAGCUGCAAACUCGUCACCUUUUGGUGAAUUUAGCUGUUCACCUGAUCGCUGCAGGUCCAAUCAAAAAUCAGUCGUAACUCGGCUAGAUCUGAACACACAGACAUGAAAGGCAUAUUUUUAGAUUCCCAAGGACAUCGUUACCUCUGGUGUCCAUUGUGAAGAAACGUCCAUAAACCCCGAAUCAUAGAAAAAAGAUGCUCCUUAAUUCCUGCAGAACCUGCCUGAGAAUCUUCAGGUUUGUAGGUUUCCCUCAGCAUCACAGUGAUCCAGUGAUGUUCGUGUGUACAUCCAGGACUACGCUGAGACCAGGAGCUGCUCUCAGGCUUUGACAGGGCUACUGUGUGUGUCAGUCAAAUCCGGCAAAUCAGACGCUUGCUUGAGCGCAUGUGUGUGACGCCCAACGGUUAAAAGCGGUGCCUAACGAAACCUAGUCGUAUUCGUUGGUAAUCGUACUCGAGCGGUGUAGACGACGGGGUCUGACGCGCCCGUUGUUUUCUGUGUAAAGUCCUACCCAGCAGCGGCGUCUACACGCACGUUAAUUCUCCAAAAAGGCAGCGGUAUCGUCACGUUCGCUCCCCAGAUGGACACAUCUGGGCCGCUGCGCUGUCAGCGUGGAGCAUCUGAUGUUGCUGCGGCGGACGGGUACAUAGCUGGACCUAGACCACAAGCACGUGAAGUCUCUGUACAGGUGAUCAGGGCUGCAGCUUUCUCAGUUAUUAGGUUACGUCGGAGGCCAAGGUGAAGUCGAGUGACUCAACAUAUGUAAGUUACAAUGGUAUAAAAUGCAUUUCAUCACCAAGAAUGAUGCACCGGAGGGGAGGGGGGGUACGCUCACCUUUUUCUCCCCACUUGAGUUUGCAGCUUUGGUAAAUGAAAGGACAGGAAAGCAAAAAAAAAACGACGAGAAAAGCAGAAACCACGGAGCAGGAAACGAGAGGAAACAGGACAGGAAACAGGACAGAGGACGUGUUGGUACCAAACUCAUCCUGUCCCACAGCUCCCAGCGGGAAGACGAGCUCUGUCUCUGGAACUUUGCUGGAAAGACUGCCAGCAGUACUGAUCCAGGAUCAGGCUCUUUGUCUUCAGUAUUGUACAAUUCCCGUGGACAGAACCAGACCGCAGGUCCUGGAUCUGCUCUGACCUGUCCUCAGGUCAUGUAAAUAUGUUCUUUUUAGGAUGCCACUGAACAAUAAAGAUGAUUCUGAAACGAA